UGCCCAGCACCCGCCCGUCAGCAGGCCGCCCCUGCCUCCUGCUUCCGCUCCUACUGUCGGGUGGUCAGAUAGAAGGAGACCUAAGAGCCAAGAUGGGAGUAGAAAUUGAGAUCAUAACUCCGGGCGAUGGACGGACGUUUCCGAAGAGGGGGCAGCGCGUCGUGGUGCACUAUGUCGGCACACUGGCAGACGGGAAAGUGUUUGACUCUUCGAGGUCCCGGGGGAAGCCCUUCAAAUUCAAGAUUGGACACCAGGAGGUUAUUCGUGGAUGGGAAGAAGGAGUAGCGCAGAUGAGUGUAGGUCAGCGGGCAAAGCUGAUUUGCUCACCAGACUAUGCCUAUGGCAGCAAAGGGCACCCAGGGAUCAUCCCACCAAACGCCACUCUCACCUUCGACGUGGAGCUCAUCAGUCUGGAAGCCUGAAAGUCGUGCACUCACUUUUAAUUCCACUCAAAUUUUCAGGGUUGACUCCUAUCUCGGGAACAUGGAGGAAAAACGUUAACAGAUGAUUCCUGCUCUUGAUCCCUGCAUAGGACCUAUGUCUAUAUCUUCACUAGUUCACUCUCCUUUUCCAUUUAGAUACAAAUUGUGUUUUGUCACUUGCUUUAAAACUUUAUCCUCCAUAUUAUACUUUAGGUUCCAUACAGUAAUAAGUCAUAGGCCAUCCCAUCCCAUGUAUUUUUAUCAUAUUCUGCUAUGUAUUUUUAUGGUGAUGUUUUGUUUUUUUAUUUGACUUAAAAAUUUUACAAAUUGUGUCUGCCAUCAGGACCAGGCUUUUAGAUACGUGUCAUAAGUAUUGAAUCAAUCUCAUUCCUGUGGCUCUGUGGCCUUUACACUAAAAUUGUAUUGAUUGCGGGUAAUGAAAUGUCUUGGAUAAGAAAUGAGAAUAAAUUGUUUGACACAAUGAUAUUUCUAUGAAUUACCUUUUGUGAUACGUGUUAUUGGGUUAGAUUAAAAGUGGAGUGCAUUGUAACCAGGGAUUCAUGAAUCAAGCACAUUAUUGCCAUGAGCAGCCUACAGGUCUCUGCAGAUGUAGGAUUUUCUUUGUCUAUAUACUGCAGCAUCAAUUCUUAAUUUAUAAGAGUGAAAUGACUGAAACAUUCACAACUGGACAUCAUUUGUCUUGUUGACUUGCUUGUAAAAUAUUUGGGGAAACUUUUUUUUUUUUUUUUGCCAAAACAAAAUGUCUUGUGGGGAAAAAAUAUUUGGUCUCUGGUAAAAAAAGGUUUCUAAACUUGCAUGGUAAGUUCCCCCACAAAGAUUUGUAGGCACUUCAUGGGGUUUGUGAUUCUCUUUGUUUGAAGGAGUUGUGUGUAACAAGCUGUGGAUGUUGUAAAAGGUCUGUUCCUUACUCUAAACACAUUAAAAGAGUAAUUUUAACACAAA